GGCCCAGCACCGUGGGCCCCCCGCGGAGCGCCCCGGCCUGCCCUGCGCCGCACCAGCCGCGGAGCGCAGGAUCUACGAGAUGGGCGCCACCAAGACAGGUGGGCUCAAGGUCGCGGAGACCUCCCGCCACGUCGACAGGGCCGUCGCAGACUGCGCCCUCCUCGGCUGGAGGGCCAGGCGGGGAGGUCGGGUCCCAGAGCUCGCCCCUCUCCACAGCGUGCCGAGGGCCCGCGACGAGCUCCGGAGGUCAUCGCCAGACUUCAGGAUCCUCGGCGGCAUCGCGAAGCACGCGAUCGGGGCCAGAUGGCAGCGCACCCGCCACGACUGCGCACGUCCUCCCUCCGCCGACGAGCCUCUCCGGCAUGUGCGGCGGCGCCUGGACAGGCGGCAGAUGCAGACCCCGCUGGGCCAGCGAGCGGGCCGCGCGGCCCUGCUUCUCCAGGGUCUCCGGAGCUGCAUGCCCCCCCGAGUGCCGGCAGCCACGCUCAAGAUCCUUUGCUACUACGGGCUCAUUACCGGCCGCCGCUUUCAGCAGCGGACGCGCUGCCGGUUCUGCCGCUCGAUGGAGGACAGAAUCGAGCGCUACGCGCACAGGCCAUUCAGCAGUUCGCAGAACGCUGCCUGGAUCUCCCGGUGCGUGGCCCGCGACCGCUGGAG